AUGGUGGCAACGGGAGCAGAUUUGCUGAAAGUCAACGACACGUGUCAAUCGAACAGAUGGUGGAAGACGAAACAGGAUAAAAAACACUCAACCAUCAAAAAAGUGAAGACUCUGAAGACGUCGUGGGAGAAGAAGAUGGAGGUGAAAGCCAAAAAAGAGAUGGUCAAAAGCUUCCAGGACAACAUUCGAGAGCGUGCGGUUCAAGAGAGACAGGAGAGGAAGGAGAGAAAAGAGGAGCAGGAGAAGCGACGUCUGGAGAACGAGAGAAAGUCGGAAAUUGUGCAGAAAAUCACCAAGAUUCACAAGCUGAAAAAGACCAAGAAGCGUCAACUGCGUUCGAUUCAGAUGCGCGACACCACCACCGUCUCCAAAUGA